AUGGUGACUACCCGUAGCAGAUUCAAAUCAACACUUCCAUCUCCCCAAAGUGGGAAGGAGGCCGUAAUCGAAAAAGAAAUUGACUCAAAAUCCACCACUUCGAAGAAGUCAUCAGCAAAGAAGCCCCCUAAUCCGAAAAACUCACCAGCACACCGAAAGUCCUCUCUAUCAAAGAAAAACAGUGCAGAAGCUAAACCAAAGCGUAGGUCUGCACAACGUCGCAGUCUUUCUUCUGACUCCGGUCAAGAUGUGGUCGGUAAGAAAAUGAAGAAGGAAGAAGAUGUAAUAGAGCAAAAAGAGGAAGGAAAGAGUUCCUCAAGCGAGCCUCCAGUUUCUAGUGCAGAGGCAGUUGCAAAUGUUGAUGAAAAAGAGAUUGGAACUGCGGUAGAGAAGAUGGAAGAUGCAGAAGGAUGGGAAGACUUUGGGAAUACCAGUGAGGAAGACGAAGAACCGCUCACUGAAACCCGCAAAAAGAAGGCUGUAAAACAAAGCGCCAAAAAGAAGAAGAGUUUGAAGAAGGAACCUCCAGUAAAGAAAGAAACUGUUGUCCGUCGAAGUGGGCGGAGUGUGGCGCGCAAGGACUAUGCUUUGAAGCAAGGAAGUGAUGAUGGAAGCUCCUCCAGUUCACCCCCAUCGAGCGCCAGUGACAGUAUACCCUUGUCGGAAAAGGAGAAAUCUGAGGAGAACACCGAGAGUGAAGCUGUGGAGGAAGAAGCAGAUGCGUCGUAUGACAGUGAUGAAAGUUUUGAUUUGGUCCCUCAGAAACGAGCUAAGACAACGGGAGGGAAACAGUCUGGGCGCAAACAGGCCACAAAGGGAGCAAGCAAAGCAGGAUCGGCUAAAUCUCGCAGCUCCGGUGGCUCAGGAACUGGUCGGAAAUCCUCUAAAGCCCCUGCAGCUACUGCACUACCACAUGCUCCGAAGCCAGUUAAGCCGUGGCAGAAGACAGGUGAACCUGCCAUGGAAGGUGACAUCAACGUUCCACCUAGAAAGCUUCGAAAAGGAGAGAAAAAGAUGUUAAAGUUUAGGAUUUUGGCGGCCGGAUUAGCCAUUGGACGAAAUUUCGAGAUGACAUUGGAGGAGGGUAUCAGCAUAUUGGACGAAAUGAGAGCACAGACUACCACAGAUCAGAAAGCUGUUGCCGCUGCUUUGGGGAUUCCACAGGAGACAAAGAAGGAAAAGGAAAACGAGUCAUCUUCCGAAGACGAGUGGGAGGAUAUGGAGCCUAUCGAUAUCGACGAAGCUGUUGGGAAGGAUGUUCAAGUCACUUUGGAAAAAGAUGAAGAAAAAGACUGGUGGGCGAUUUAUUUGCGUCAGGAGGUCAAUAAAUGCGUCAGAGAGAAUUGGGAAAAUGCGCAUAAGGUCAACGUUCUUUGCUGUAUCGGGCAUCUGCAGUUCUUAAGGAAAAUUAUAUUGGAAGAAAGACUCAUACCAUCCUUGAUGCUGACAUUGAUGCCUACUGGAUACCAACAGCUGGUAGGAGAGGCGCUGAGUAUAGAGGAUGUACGCAGAAUCACGAAGUGGUAUCAUAGCGCUUUCAAGCCAUCUGGCGAAGCGAUCAAGUACGAAACUGGCACCUGCCGUUAUGACGCCACAGCCCGUCUAUCCGAAAUGGUUUCGCAAAAAGUGUUUGAAAAUGACGCAGAUAGAGCAGUUCUUCUCUUCGCCAUUUUCAUGGCAAUGGAGUGUCUCACGCGCAUUUGCUACAGCAUACAGCCGAUUCCUCGGAAAUGGGAUGAAGAUGUAAUGAAGGAAAUCAAAAAGCUCAAGGAGGCGGCAAAGAAAACAAAGGACGUGGCUGAGACUUCUUCCCAGACGGAAUCGGAUAAGCCGAAGAAGGAAGUCACUAAAAAGAGAAGUUCAACAGCUGCGAAUGCGUCCGAGUACAAGGGCGUGGUACGCAAUUAUUGGAUUGAGUAUUGGGACAGGAAGCAAAAGAGAUGGAUUUGUGUUGAUCCGCUUCGUGCAACUGUUGAUGAGCCAAAUGCUAUAGAAGAGAACCUUACCAAGCCAGUCAGUUAUGUGUUCGCAAUUGAUAGCGAGGGCGGAGUGAGAGAUGUUACUGCUCGUUAUGCCUCCGAAUACCUACGUCCGGACUUCCGACGCUUGCGCACUACACAGCAGUGGAUCGCCAAAACUCUGGGAAAAAAGAUCAUACGAGCAGAUCCCAAGAGAUGUGAGCUGGAAGAUUUUCAUAUGCGACAAGAGCUUGUCAAUAAACCGCUCCCGGCCACUUUAUCCGAAUAUAAGAAUCAUCCUCUAUACGUUUUGGAAAAGGACUUGCUAAAGUUUGAGGGAAUCUACCCACCUCCUGAAGAACAGAAACCGUUGGGGGAGAUUCGUGGGCAUAAAGUGUAUCCGCGUACAACUGUGUAUACCCUUCAGAGUGCCAACAACUGGAUUAAAAUGGCUAGAAGUGUCAAGGAUGGGGAGAAACCUUACAAAGUAGUGAAAGCAAGACCCAAUAUCCGCAUUCCUGUCGAAGAACGUGAGCAGAGAUAUCUGGAUGUUUUCGGGUAUUGGCAGACUGAACCCUAUCGUCGACCUAAAGUUGAGAACGGCCGCAUCCCACGUAACGAAUUCGGCAACGUCUACAUGUACCAGGUUUCCAUGUGCCCGAUUGGUGCAGUUUACCUACGUCUGCCCGGGCUUGUUUCUAUCGCUCGACGUCUAGGUGGACUUGAGUGUGUCCCGGCCGUAGUCGGAUGGGACUUCAAUUCUUCCUCUAAUUUUCCUAUAAUUGAGGGCGCCUGUGUGCUUGAGGAAGAUGCACAACGUUUCAUUGAUGAAUACAAAAGGCUGGAGGCAACUCGAGAAGAAAGAGAGAACAAGAAACGAGAAGAGCGAGUGCUGGGGAACUGGCGCAAGCUCAUUCGUGGCAUACUCCGUCUUCACUAUGUGAAAACAAAGUUUGGUGCUGUUAAGCAAAAGGCGCGACCCAAGAAGAAGAAAACAGAUGAAGAAAAGGAGAAAGACGAGAAGGAAGAUAAUAAUGAUGCCGUUAUCGACAGAACGGUCAUGGCUCCACGACAAAUUUUCACCCACGACGAUCUUAUGAAACUGUAGGGUGUUAGGGAUGUUGUCUCAAGCUCUAAACCUUUUUGUAUACGCAAUACAAUCGUUGCAUCUUGUAUAAUCAAAAAGACAUUGAGAAGCAAUCAUCACAUAUUAGCUUACCGUCGUUUUCUGCUCCAUAUCAGUCCCUUGUACAACAUGUAAAUAUGUACGUUUCCGCACAGUUUUCUGUGAAACCUGUGCACAGUUGUUUCAUGUUUUUACGAUGUAUCUCUUUACUGAACGAGUUUUAUUUCGCUUGCUUUAGUGCUUAAAACUUGUACGCUUUGCAUCAAAGCGUCAGAGAUAUCUAUCUAUUCAUUUCUCAGUUCGUAGAAGUUUUACUCUCAUAUAACAGCUUUCAUAUCCAUCUUAGUGCAUGACUAGUGUUUCUCAGAUUCUUGAUGUCGUAGUGGCCUCACAUGUAUCUCACUAACCGAUCCUCAUAUUUUUGCACAUGUUGAAUAGAUGAAUGUCAAAGUCGAUUUUUAGUUUUGAAGCGUUAGUUGCAUGUAACGGGCCGUUACUGUAUGUUUAUAUUUUUCUCGACACAUAGCAAUUUGGUUUUUGUAAUGAAGUACGUUUUAAGCG